AUGGAUAUGCGAAUAAUCCAGCAGUGCCAUAUGAUGGCGUUGUUGUUGAUCACCUUCACCAACAUCAAGAAUAUGUUAUUUAGUUCAUUGGUUGUCUUCCUGGAUGUUCCCACCGAGAAACAGUAUACAUUUGGAGUUGUUCUCUCGGCUGUCUUCUGGCUCAUCACAUUCUAUAUAAUCAACAGAAUGCGUCGUCUCCGUCAUCAUUAA